UCUUUGUUUACGACCGUUUGCCAGCAUAAAUUCUCAGGCAUUACUGGAAAUUGUUUCGUUCCUAGUGCGUAAAGAUUCUGUGUGCAUCUGUAGAGAGCUGAAGUGCGUUGUGUUUUAUAUUGCAAAGUUUUCAAAUAAAGUCCUUAUUAUCCGCAUCCUCAAGCCCAGCAGCAGCUGAUUCCGUAAACAACGAAAACGGGACAACAGUUUAUGCGUCUCUCGUAUGAGUUGGUGCUUGGAUGGGGGAACGAACUAUCUGGUGGUUUUUGCUAGCAAAGACGACGAUCCGAAGUGGGUGUGCUUCGACAAAUCAGUUUAGAGGAAAUAGUCAUGGAAGGUGCAGCAGAAGCUGAACCGGAUACCUCCGGAGGAUCAUCUAACCUGUUCGAGGAUGAUCCAGUAAGGUUCGUCACGAGGACCAAUACGGAAGGCAUCGAGAGUACCGCUUCCUUAAGUGGAGAAGCAGCGGACGAGGUCAUGGAGGAGGAACAUCUGGAUGAAGACAUGUAUGGUUCAGCGGAUUUGGUUCCCGUAGAAGAAGUACAAGAAGAUGGCCCAGCUGGGGAUGAACCAGAAGUUAUGUUUAUCAACCAGCCGACCAUCAAUAUGGAGAUUGACUUGGCUCGAAUUCAGCAGCCAGGAUUCCUUUCGCCUGUGGUGAUACUGAACAGCAGUUUGAUGGUGGAACCUGUACCGGAAGCCCAGGCAACCAUUGAAAUAUUGCACGAAACCGAUGAUGACCAGGGAGAAGAGGAUGAGGCGAGCAGAGCUGCCGUAACGGCUGCCAUGAUGGAGGGUCCAAUAGUGCUGAUCGAGGAUACCAUGCGGAUGGGCGGCCAUGGCCCGGAGCCCCAAGCGGGACCGUCUACCAAUCGAAGUCUGCCCGACACGCCAAGAAGCCGUAAACGUCGUCGAACGUUGACUCCUCAGAAACCCCCUGCACCGCCGGCAAGUGCCGAUCCGCAGUACGACGACGAUGACGAUGGAACGAUCUGUUCGAUUUGCCUUGACAGCUGGACCCUGACCGGGGAACAUCGACUGGUAUCGCUCAAAUGUGGCCACCUGUUCGGGUACAUGUGCAUCAAACGCUGGUUGCAGGACAAUCCGGUGCAGAGCCGUUCGUGUGCCACCUGUAAGACGAAGGCUCAUUUGCGGGAUAUCCGACAUUUGUACGCCAAAGCGGUGAAAGCCAUCGACAACUCCGAGGAAAUGAGGCUACGCCACCAGGUGGAAGAGGAGAAGAUGAAGGUGAGCAAGUUGGCUGUGGAGCUGCAAGUGGCCAGUAUGGAGCUGGAACUGCAGAGGACCUUGGCCAACGAGAUGCGGUUGAAGUUGAAGGACUACGAACAGCGGGGAGAACUACGGACGAACGCUUCCCUGCUGGGAGAGGUUGCUAGUGUUUCCAAAGCGAUGCGCAACUACAAAAUUGCCCUGGACAAAACGAUCGAUCUGUGUCGAGAACCGGGCUGUAGGGUAAUGGCCUACGGAAGUAAACGACACCAUCUGUUGAUCUCGCAAAAAUCCACUCAGAAUCUCUUCCCCGGCUAUUCGAUUAAGUUCGUAGACAUACCAACAUUCCAGCAUUCGUCGGUGCUUCACAUAUCCGGGAAGAUGAUCCGGGACAUCACCAUCGACGUGGAGGAUGAUCUGUUUACGGCCGCUACUAGCGAGCGUUGCGUAAAAUUAUUUUCGUUUAAUAGUCGCUCGGUUGUGACCUUUACGCCGUCAGAUGCGAAUGUGUGGUCCUGUGCCUUUGACUCGGAAAGGAGUAAGUUUCUGUAUUUGGGAACUCAAUCUGGUGCUGUUUACGUAUACGACAUUCGGAACAGCAGUCAGUUCGUAGAGGAGUUCCGGACUGAAGGCGACUGCUCGCCCAUUAUCAAUAUUUGCCCUGUUUCGUCCAGCAGUUCGAUUCCCUUCGGCGGCUUCCUCGUAUGUAAGCUGACUUCCUGCUGGUUCUUCGAAUACACUGCUGCUCAAAGGGUCGAGUCUACCCGACUGAACGUGGACGGUCCAUUUACUGCCAUGAACUAUUGCGAAAAGACUGGCUACAUUAUGAUUACCACUCGCCCAAGCAGCCGCCAUGCGAGAGCUCGUUACAUUCUGGCAAGCCUCGUUAAGCUGGACUCGAUAUGCGCGCUGCAUAUCAUUCACACCAUCGCGGGUUCUUCGGUUGAGCCCAACAUGGUCCGCAGUGCCCAGAUAAGCUUGGACAAGAACAAUACUCUGGUAGCGGCCUACCUGCAGGACGAUCGCCAACUGGCAACCUGGAGCGCCAGCAAGGGCAACGAACGUGUGCAGAGUCUUCCGGUGUCCGAAGUCCUCUGGGAUCUCUGCCCAAUCUACGAAGCGAACCAGACUUUCCUGGCAGCACUGUCUGACAGCAAGUGCCGCGUGUAUAGGGCCUAUUCCGAGUAGUGCCGAUCGGCGGAGGGACAACAAGAGUAAGUACAAGAAAAUGCGCGACAUUGUGUUGUUGAGUUUUAUAAAAAUGCGGUGCGUGAAACGGUGAACUUUCGAAGCGUUUUCCAGUUUUUGUUCGCUUGUGAUUGUCCGCGUAUUAUUAUACAGAUAGUCUUCACAAAAAUGAAAAUUACCAAAUCCAUAAUGACCACUGUUGCUAGGUUAGUUGAGUGAUUUUUUAUGCUAAAUUGCAUUCGUACAAAUAAAAGCCAUUAAUACGAA